CCUUCCAUCAUCCUGAGGCCCUCACAUCCUGUAUACUUAAAAGGAGAAUUUAUAAAUAUGACCUGCUCAAUUUAUAAUCAUUCAAUAAUGACAAAAGUACAAUUUUACAAAGAUGAAAAUCAAAUUCAAGUUGAGGAAGCACAUGAUGGAGAGGCUACAUACCGACUAUUUCUAUCUGGUUUGGAGGCUACUGGACAUUUUCUAUGCAAAUACAUGAUCAUAGUUUCUGGGAGAGAGAUACUUUCAGAGCCCAGUCGACGUAUUCAGGUUACAGUCAUGGAUGUUCCAAAUCCACCUUCAGUAGACCUGAUCCCUGCAUACUCUGUAUACCUUAAAGGAGAGUCUGUAAAUAUGACAUGCUCAGCUCCUGGAAAUGCUACAGUUAAAAACAUACUAUAUUUCAAAGAUGGAAAAGUAAUCCACACAGAGGAAGCCCGUGAGGGGAAAGCAACAGUUUUAAUACCUGAUUUGGAGAUUGAUGGAAAAUAUGCAUGCAAAUACACAACAGUGCAUUCUAGGAGAGAGAUACCUUCUCAGACUAGUUCCCUUGUCAGAGUUAUUGAUCACCCACGUCCACCCUCUCUAAAGCUAUUUCCAGAGCACAACAUAUAUAUAACAGAAGAGACCCUCACUAUUACUUGUUAUGAGUGUGGAAACACUGAUGAAUUUAAACUAUAUAAAAAUGGGCAAAUACUACACAACUCUAACAGUAAAAACAAAAUUCUCCAGCAUAAACUAAUACUACAAGCCAGCUCCAAUGGGUCUUAUACCUGCACAUGUAUAAAGACUCUUUCAGGAGAGCGUCGGAUGGAGACAAAAAGCAGUAACCCUGUGGAUGUUUUUGUGUCAAGUCCUCCUCCUGCUCCACGUCUCACCUUGGCAAAACCAGUAGAGAAAACUGAGACUGGCUUCCAGGUGACAUUAAACUGCAGUUCUGCAGAAUACCCAGGCCUUGCAAGAAAUUUCAGCUUCAGGAGGAUGGGGGAACAGUAUAACCCAAUCCAAUUUUAUAAAAAGGUUACAAGUGUGUCAGGCUUCCUGCAGUGGGAGGUGGAGGAUACUGAUAAUGUUGCAUUUUCCUGUUCAUAUGAAGGCGAAGUAAAUGGAAGGAUUGUAGAGUCUGAGAGAAGUGAGAUCCUUAGGAUCACUCUUAUGGUAUCAGUGUUCUCUCCCCCUUUGAUUGCUGGUAUAACCGGAGGACUAUCAUUUCUUUUAUGCUUGAUUGUGAUCAUCUUCUUCUAUAUGAAAUAUAAAAGACUUUCAGAACUUAAACGCAACACUUGGCGUUUCAGCUGGUACUGGAAGGACAGACAAAGGAAUCCUUUAAAAUGCCCAGUUUCCUCAUUCGAAGGCACUGAAAAAGUUUCUAAGAAUGCUGAAGCAUCAGAUUCACUAAAUAUGAAGCGAUUAUCUAUUGCGUCUGUCAAGGAUGAAGAUGACAUGGGAAACAAUCAUUUCAACUUUUCUACAUUCCAAUCUCUGGCCAGGGAAUCGAAAGAUCACUCCUUAGAUGAGCCUUGCUAUAGUUUAACAUUUAUGUAAAUGUCUCCUGCAGGACAACGAUAUGCAGCGCAAUAUAUUUUUUGCCCCAUUGGAUGGUGAAUAAAGACUUUGUUAGAACGUUUACACAAACUGAGAAUACUUUUGUAUAGUCAACACCCCCACCUCACACAAACCACCAAAAAUUUGGGGGUGGGGCUAAGCAUGUGUGAUAUCACAGGGUUUGGAGCUGGGCAAACUUUUGAAAAAUUAGCAGUCCAAGAAAUGAUAUCCAGUGUGGGAUUUCUAUGUAUAAAUGGAAAUGCUGUUGCUUCUAAAUAUGUUACAAGCAGUUAAAGUUGCAAGACUAUGCAAAAAGUGAUGGCUGCAUUUAUUUCUUACACUUAUAAACGCAAAGACUACUGAAAUAGAAUUCAUUGCACUGAGAAGCUUCUUGUAUAAUAAACUGCUCCUUAUGUCAAAGCCUAACAAAGGCUACAGCUGUGGUAGGGUGGGGUUAAAUGCCUAAUUGCCUGCAGUUAAUCUUAAAGGUACUGCAGGUAGUAAAACAAGCAAAAAUUCUCAUUUGCGUCAAAAAAAGACACAGUUGCGUCAAAAUAGGCAUGGUCGUGUUAAAAAAGGGCAUGGUCGAGUCAAAAAAGGCACAGUCGCAUAAGAAAAAUUUGCGUGCCACCCUUGUUUCACAAAUGUUUUGCAGAUGAGGUUUACUCAUCACUAACAGCACGUAAAUGCAUCAGCCUGAGGUGAGAUUUACCAGUGUUAUGUACAAAACUGAUUCUGCUGAAUCUUGUGGUCCAAACAAGUUCUCUUAUGUGCUGUCAAAAAUGUUCAAAAAUAAUCUUUUCUUUAACAUACUUUACAGAGGCACACUCCAGCAGGCCACUGAAACAAAAAAAAAAAACUUUUAAACAUACCUGCCUCCCCAAUUCCUUUUCCACACUGCUCAGUAAAGUAGUUGAAGGUGCAUCCAUCCAGUAGCACCAACUAAAUCAAGAGCCUUCAGCUUAACUGGUCCUUUUGCAGUGUUGUUGUUCUCCAUCAUCACUUGAUGGUCUUUUCUCAACCCAACUUAACUACUGUAUGUAAAUGUGUAAUUGUUUUCUCAAUAAAAAGUUAAUAAA